AUGAGUAGUGUUGAAAGCGAUUCUGGGGCUUUGCCGGACCAGGAAAUCGAUCAAGAUGAAAAUAUGAAGACCGCAAUUGAGGUAGACGGCGAGGAAAUGGAAGAUCUCUUCGGAGACGAAAGUGAUAGAGAUUCGCAGGAUGAAGACGCAGAACAAGCUGUAUCAGAGGAUCGAGGCACUGUUCAAGAUCGUCUGGAUGAUGAUGAGGAUGAACAAGCAAUGUACAAUCGUAAGUUUUACGGUGACAAUGUCGAUAAUUCUGACGGUGAAGGAUCGCAGCGCGAGUUCAGAGAAGCAGAUGUGGACGUGAUCAAGCAUAUAGUGCCGUACUCUACAGCUCCAAAGGAGGGCGAGAAAGGUAUAUUCUACGCCAAAAUGCCCCAGUUUUUGACCAUAGACCCUAUACCAUUUGAUCCACCAGCGUUUCAAGAAAAGCUAGAGCAACGCGCAUCACAUUUGGCCUCUAAAGAGGACCAAGUGGAUGACAGACUGAUUGAUGAAAACACAGUGCGUUGGAGAUACUCACGGGAUAGUAAUCAGCGGGUUUUUAAGGAGUCCAAUGCCCAAAUUGUGCAAUGGUCCGAUGGGACAUAUUCGCUACGAUUGGGCGACGAGUAUACGGACGUGCUGAUAAACGACACAGACAAUACAUACCUGGCGGUAUCUCACGAGCAGCAGGAGCUGAUCCAGUCUGUUAGGGGAGGAAACAUCUCCAAAACGAUGAUGUUUAUUCCUACAUCAACGAAUUCUAAAAGUCACCAGCGCCUCACAAAAGCCGUUGCUCGCAAAGAAGAACGCGAACACCAAGGUCCGAACACGUAUAUACUGCGGGUAGAUCCUGAGCUGGAACAGAAGGAGCUCGAAAAGAAACAGAGCCAAAUCGUGCGUGAAAGACGGAAGAGACAGCUGCGAGAACAGCAAGAGCGAGAAGGUCUGGAUUCUCCAGAGCCCUCUGGAAUGAUGUCAAAAUCUCGGGGUAUGUCUUCUAAACGCCAAUCUUCCUACGAUAGAAACCAAUACGACGAAUAUGAAGACGAUGGCUUCAUGGUGGACGACGAGGACGAGAAUGAGGGAGAAAACCAAGAUGAUGAAGACGAGGAGGAGGAAGAAGAGGAAGAACUGGCAGGGGAUGAAAGUGAUAAUGAUGACAUCAACGCCGAGCGCUUGAAACAACUCAAGAGAAGCGGUGCCUCGCAAUAUCGUGAAGACGUCAGCGGUGACGAUAAAGGCGGUGACCAAAAUGAAAAUGACGACGAAAAUGAUGAUGGCAGCGGACUAAAAAGGCGUAAAGUCGCUCUGCUCGAUGAAGAGGAUGAAUAA